AUGAAUUUAUUCGAGACUACCCUGUACUCUAACGGAGAAAUCUUUCUACUUCAUGAUCAUUUAAAUCGAAUGAAAAAUUCUGCUUCUACUUUGGGGUAUCAGUGGCCCGGCGAAGAAAUUGUAAUACAAAAGCUUUUGCAUGCUAUUGAAUCCCUUAACCAAGCGAGACUAAGAUGGGAACUUUCAAAAGAUGGCAAGAUUCUAGUCACGGCUGUUCCUAUUCCUAUACACAACGAGCAUCCUCAGUACACUGUAUUCUUGGACACCCAGCCGUCUGACACUCAGGAUAACGUCACAUGUGUCAACAAAACUACAUCUAGAGAUAUUUACUCGCAUGCAGUACACAGAACGGGGAUCGAAUACGCCAAACACCAAGAUGCUUUGCUUUACAAUACCAGCGGGUUUGUGACAGAAAGCACCAUCUUCAACAUUGCAUUUCACCGAGACAACCAGUGGAUCACGCCGAAUCUUCUACAUGGCUUAUUACCAGGUACAAUGAGGAAACAUCUUUUAUCUACCGGCUACAUCGUUGAAGAUACCCAAAAUAAGCUACACAAAGAAAAUCUAAAAAACGGUGAGCAGAUACUUUUAUUCAACUCAUUUCGUAAAAUAUGCAAAGGAAUCUUAGUAACUAAGCCCUAA